UAUAUUAAAAUAAUUAAAAAAGGUAACUUGUAACCUGUAACCUAUUACAUUCCCAACCUUCCCAACACUGGAUAUUUCUAGGUACGCUAAUACACAGCUUUGGGUAGUUAUCCAACCAUAGCCUACAUCUUUUGAAUAGGCCUACCUAUCAAAUUUCUCGCGAUUGCAUAUUUGUCCUCUCACCCACACAUGAGGCGCGGAAUCCUCAAACCGGUCAUGCGACGUGUGAGAAACACCCGCCUCAGCUGUAUAGACAAUGAGCGUCCAGAACAGAGAAAAGUGUGUACUGUAGACAGCGGUGCGAACACCUGACGACACAGAGAGAGAGAGAGAGAGAGAAAUCUCCUGCGCGUUAUAAACUCUACAUACUUGAUUUUCGUUGUUUUUGUUAUUCAUUUUUUUUGUCAGUUCGUGGCAUAUCACAUGGAAAUGUUUUUUUUCUAAGAAUAAGCUGGCAAAAUGUCUUCAUUACAUCAAACGCAUCGGACCCAAUAACGAUACAUUAAAUCCAAUCCAGGCUUAACAAGCACCUCCCCUCUGAUGGCCUCCUUCUUACAACAACUAAGACUGCUUCUUUGGAAAAAUGGCCUGAGUGUCACCCGGCAGCCUGCCUGGUCGCUGGCUCUUCUUGUCUGGCCACUUGUGAUCUUUAUUAUCUUGGCAAUCACCCCACAGUUUCCUCCAAAACUCACAGACACAUGCUAUGUGGCACCUAGAAAUCUUCCGAGUGCCGGGUUCUUCCCUUUCCUGCAGACACUCAUGUGUAACACCGACAGUAUAUGCACCAACAAAUCCUACCUAACAGAAGGACAGUCCAAAAUGCACUGGUACACGGGUCAUCGUCAACGAAGGGAUGCUGAAUCUCACAGUUUACCAACACUGCUUCAUGGAUUCCCUCCACUGGCCCAUCUAGAGAAGGGAGGACUGGUUCACUCAAUCCUUAAAAGGGAUACAUCAAAUCCAGAGCUCCUAGAGCUAUGGGAUAGGAUGCUCAAUUCCAGCUUUCAAAACAUUCCCAAUGUGACUUCAGUCAUGCAUACUUUUAACAACACUGCACUUGUUGAUCAGACAAUGGAGUCAGUGUGGGAAUCUGUGAAUGUCUUGAAAAAAUCCUUAUGCAGCUUCUCCAUGACUGCCAUCAACACAUCAGCCAAUUCACAGGAUCUCUUUACAAAAUGCUUAAUAAACUUCUGCAGCUCCAAUGACACUGUUCUGGAAGCAUCCUUACUUACCCUGAACCAGGUGCUGACAGAAAUGCUGCUCAGUAACCCGACAGAAGCAUUGGGAUCGAUUGGAGGCACUGUGGUGGUCCUAGAUAUGCUUCAACAGGAGACGUCAGUGUGGGACUUCCUGCUUGGCCUGCCUGAUCUCUUCUUGAAGCCCACAGAUGAAGAAAUAUUAAAUGUUGGAGCAGGGGAAUUGGAAAACCUUAAGAAUACCUUGACCUUCCUUCGAAGAAGUUUCCCUCAGACCAACAUCUCUACUGAUGCCACAAACCCAGUCAUCACUAAAGGCAUUGGCUUUCUCAACUACAUGAGUGAUUGGAAAGGGAGAGAUGUAUAUUUCAAACUGAGUGAUGUCAUGACCCCAAGCAGCACUGUUCUAUUCAGCUCAGACGUGAAGGACCUUAUCAACCAAAUCAAGAUUCCUCUCGAUCAGAUUGUAGUGCUGUUCAACGAGGCAAACUUUCGUACCUUUUUAUGUGACCAAAACAUCACUGCCUCCUAUUGUUGGAGUUGGGAAGCGGGCCAGGUAUUUGAAGGGGUAAAUACGUGGAAAGUUGUUGAACAGGUACUAUUGGCUUGGAGUCAGACCUCUGCCUCAGCUGACCUGGCCUUCACUAAAGAGGUGUUCGGCAGCUUCCUGGGCCUAGUGUCUCCAUCAAGCCUGGAUGCUUUUCUCAAACACAGCAGGUCCCAGCGCAGCAGUGACGCUCAGCCACAGAGCCUGGGGGAACAAUUAAUCUUCGGAUUAAGCAAUUCAGCAUUUGAUUUUCUACAAGGCAUGCCUGGUUGGGAAUACAUUCAGACUUUUAUGAUGGCUGGCCAUUCGUCAAUGCAGGUGGCAAGAGUUGCAAUGGAAGUACAGCUACCAUUCAUUGAUGUGGUCCUGAAGGAUGCCAAGUAUGUCCAGGAGGCCUUCCUUUCUCUAAUGCAGAAUGAGACAUUUGCUAAUGCCUGGGCUGACCAUGCCAUGGACUCUAUUGUGCAAACCGUGGCCAAGGUUCUAGAGGGUCACACUAGCUGCAAAGACCUUUCUGGUCCCUGGGCUUGGAUGUCAACCUACAGCUCUAUAAACCCUCAGUUGUGGGGCACUCUAGUUUGCGCUGGGAAUGACACACGUCUUGAGGAAAUGCUGUUAACAUCACUUUUGCCAGUAAACGAGAAGGUUCAACAGUUGGUUGGUGUAGUGAAUGGAACUGUAAUGUACAAUGUCACACCCUCAAUACUAAUGGCAGAGUGGCACAGUCUAUACACAACCUCCCUUCAGUAUGUCACUGCCCUCCAGAAAUUGCAAACUGAGUUGAAUGAGGACUAUUUUGCAGCUUGGAUCCCAGGGAACAUUUCAGUUGGAUUAUCCCAGAUUCUGUUGACCAGGGUUACUGGCAUAUUGGAGAACAUGGGUUCUCCGCUAGAGAACAGCUCUCUGUGGCCCUCAAUGGAACCAUAUUUCCAUAUGGCUUAUUGGAUUUUGACCUACCAACCUAAUGCUACUGCAUCACCAAACUGCACUCUUACCCCCACUGCCUUCACCUGUCAGACUGGCUUUACCUGGGAAACAGCUGUUCCUUUGAUUCAUUCUUUGAUCUCUAAAGUGUCAAGAGAACCUGCCAGCCUGUUAAGACCUCUCCAGGGGACAGUGGCUCUCCUCCAAAACAGUUACUUGGCACUUUUGCAGCAAGUCAUUGCCAAUGGCCUACAUGGUCAGCUACUUGGUAGUGACAUUUCACUAAAAGACUUGUUGCUGGUCCUCAUUAAUACUGUUGAUAAAGAAAUUCAGCUCCUCUCGAACAUUGAUUCUACACAACAGUUUGACACUCAGCUCUUAAACGACAUUGUGGCGGCUCUUGGACUGGGGCAGAUAGAGAACCUGUUGUCAGGAGGUUCCCAGACAACCAGCAUGCACCCAGUCAUCAUGGGCGUCCUUCAGGUCUUGAACAAUGGGUCCAUCCAGAUUCUAAACAAAGAGGAGGGUUUUGCAGUUCUUCAAGCAAUUUUGAGCCAACUUGGAGCCAUCUUGCCACCAGAGCAGCAGUAUCAGUUAGAAGCAGGGCUAAAUAAGACUCAUGAUCUCAUUCGAGAUCUAGAGAUCUGUUCAGCUCUUGGCCAGGACUGUGUAGCUGAUAUCCAGAAUGUCUUUGAUAAUCUUGGUGCAAUGCUUGCAUUUGGAAAUAAUAUCACCAUGCCAACAACACCUCUUUGGGGUAACAUGACUCUCCCUGUUGCGCUUGAUGUACUCGCUCUGCUCCUGCCACGGAACAUGUCCUGGCCAGCAGAAGCCUCAAUGGAAAUUUCCAGGAAGAUUCAAUAUCUUCUUGAGCAGGCUUAUGCAUCUCCUAUUUUCAACAUCAGUCAAAGUCUACAAGCCUCCAAUCUCACCAUUUCUGAAUUAGAACAAGUCAAUACUGUAAUUCAUUCUAAUUGGUCAGCAUCCAUUCUGCAGGCUCUGAAUAUGGCCAUUCAGAUCCCACAGUGCGUGAACACUCAAACCACACAAUCUCCCCAAAAGCCUCUUGCUAAUGGACAGGCCAAAUGCGUCCUUCAGCUCAUCCAGACUGCUUCUGGUUUACUUGGAGUAAUACCUGUGGCAAAGAAUGCUCAAAUGACUCUUAACGAUUGGCUUAACAUCACUGCGGUAGAGUAUCAGAAACUAAAUAACAAGUCCAUCUCUGGAUCUGGCCCACUUGCAAUGACAGAAGAAGUGCUGAUAACAACAUUGUCAGCCAUCAGACAAAACCUUCAGGGUCUUGAUGUGGAGAACAUCACUGAUAUUACAAAUGAGCUCAACAUUCUGGAGGACCUCUUGAAAAAUGUAUUCAAAGAACAAUACCCAUACCACACCAUUAAUUCGACAUUGAUGGUGCAGGGGCAGUAUGCACAGAAGGUGUAUGGAGAAAUUACACUGUGGUAUUUAAACAAGCUUGGAAAUGACACCAGUGGCAGUGUGUUUUUAGAGAUUCUCCAUCAACUGAAACGCAUGACUGAAAUGCAGGUGGCACUCAUCAAUGCUAAAGCAGAUAUGGUGACACUAACAAUGAAUCAGAUCCAGAACUUGACCCAUGUGAGGCUUCCUCUGGAAGGCGAGGAUCUUGUACAAGUUGCCAAUACAAUCAUGACCAUGCUGCAGGGUGAACUGGCACUGAUUAAAGGAACUCUUGAGAUCCAGCAGGCGUUCUACGAUUCUCUAGGCGCCCCAAUGAACACCAGUAUUCCUGCUGAAAUUGAAGCUCAGAUCAUGACCUACCUCAACUUGGCAAGGGAGUGGAUCACUAACCCACAAUUGAUGACGGCACUUGCUAGAAUUUUCCAGUGGGAAAUUAGCUCUGUAGAUAUCACAACACCUGGGAAGGAUCUUGAACAGCUCCUCCAAGCCAUGGCUCCCCUUCUCUCCCCUGAGUACAGAGUCUUCAUUGCUGUUGCUGAACAGGUUUCUCAGGCAGUAAACUACACUCUACAGUUGGCUAGCACUGAUGGUGGUCUCCGAAGUGAAAAUUUUACAGAAGCUGUCAUUAACACAGUCAGAGUGGUUCUGAAAAGUAUUUCUAAUGAAACCGGAACUCUACCUCAGGAUGUGGUUAACAAUAUUCUUGGUGCUUUUAACAGUUCCCUUCAGCUGAUCAUAAACUCCAAUAUGAGCUAUGCCCAAACUAGCACCCUCACACAGGAGACUAUCCAGAUGGUAGAUGCAGUGAUUCAUACUCUUUUAAAAAUCUAGGCAGUUAUGGUGCUGGUUCCCAUUAAAAACAGCAUUUUAUCCUAUCUGAACAACAUCUCCCAGCCUGCUGGAUUUGAUCAGUGGAAUGAACUCAUUAAAAACAUGAUGACAGAGCUUCAGAAUUCCCUGCCAUCAAACAACACAGCUCAGCCCAUCAUAUCAAUGAUAAUCAAGGUCACAGAAAACCUUCUAAGCUCAAAUGAAGUCAACUUUACAAAGGACUGGAUC